AUGAAAUUAUAUCAACAUGUUUUAGAUAUUAAGAUAUUUAGCCUCAACUGUAUUUCUUUAAGGUAUGACCAUGGAGGACAAUUCAGGAUUAGACCAGGACUGAAAAAAUAUGCCUGUGAGCUCACACUGGACCCAAACACCGCACACAGACAUCUCUCUCUCUCUGAGGGGAACAGAAAGGUGACGUGUGUGAGUGAGGAGCAGCCGUAUCCUGACCACCCAGAGAGAUUUGACUCCUUGUGGCAGGUGCUGUGUAGAGAGGGUCUGACUGGACGCUGCUACUGGGAGGCUGAGUGGAGUGGUGAUAUGGCUGGUAUAGCAGUGGCCUAUAAAAGCAUCCAGAGGAAAGGGAAGAGUCAGGACGCCAUGUUUGGACGUAAUGCCAAGUGCUGGAUUCUGCACUGCCCUGGUGACAGGUACAGAGCCAGUCACAAUGAUAAGGACACUGACAUACCUGCCCCCUCCUCCCGCUCCAGCAGAGUAGUAGUGUACCUGGACUGGCCAGCAGGCACUCUGUCCUUCUACAGCGUCUCCUCUAACACACUCACCCACCUGCACACGUUCCACUCCACAUUCACUGAGCCCCUCUAUCCUGGGUUUGGGCUUUGGCCUGACUCCUCAGUGUCCCUGUGCCAUCACAUGACCUCCUAAUCCUGCAGUAGAGGAGUGCCACACACACCUGUUUACACCCCUCUAUCCUGGGUUUAUGAAGACUCCUCAGUGUCCCUGUGCCAGAUCACAUGACCUAGUAUAUGUGUAUGUCUGUGUGUGUCCAGAGGAGAGCCACACACUCCUGUUGAUGCACUCCUGUGUGUGUGUGUGUGUGUGUUUAUUUAUGUUUAUUAACAUCAUCCUUCACUCUGUUGACCCCCCCUGUAUUUGUAAUGUGUGUUUUUGUUUAGUAUCUCUCUCUCUCUCUGUGUGUGUGUGCGUGUGUGUGUGUGUGUGUGUGUGUGUGUGUGUGUGUGUGUUCUUUUUCUGGCUUCUUCUGUGCUGCAUCAUCCUUCUCUCUGUUGUUGCUGGUCCCUGUUAUUGCUGCUUGCUCAAUGUCUCUCUCUGUCUCUAUCUCCAUCUCUCUCUCUCUGUGUGUGUGUGAGUGCAGGAACACCAGAGUCUUCCAAGAAGUCAUACUCUUGGUCAAGGUGGAAAUUAUUGAUAAUACAGUGGGUAUGGGUUGAGAAUGCACCUUCUCCCGCGGGACUCCCGAAGAGAUCCCGCAGGCCGUCAAGCCGAUUUUUUUCAAGGCUAAGGCAAUGUACCCAAACAACCACCAGGUGGCAGAAAGUUUCAUCCCGCAUUUCAAAAUGAUGAAGACCGCAUAUAUCCGUCAAUAGUAGACUCCUUAAUCUCAUUUAAUCAUUACAAUGAAGGUGAUGACUGGCGAAAUUAUUCAAACGACGUUUCAAUGAACCAUUGUUGAAAUGAAUGAAAAUGCUUAUAGAAAAUCGCCUACAGCCUAACGCCGACACAGCUGAUUCUUUGAUUGAUUCUAAGCUGUUUUGAUGUAGGGGAUGGGUAAACUGGCGCGCUACAAACAUGUUACCAAUCAAAUGUAAUAUUAGUAGGACUAGCCUACUUAGACACUUUAGUCAUAGGCAACGUUGCCAUGUUAAUUUGGGCUAGAAGUGCUUUCUUGUGGUGGCACUCCUGUCCGCUGCUUCUCCCGAAUUGUGUGGCAAAUUUGUCAGCAAUCAGCUUAAAUGUCAAAUCAUAUUUAUUUCUCUUUGUCGCCAUGGUAUUGGGGGAAACGCGGAGAAACGAGAUGGUCAGUCCUCGUAUUUUUUCAUCGCGUUUCGUUAUAAGAAAUAUAUAGGUAAUAGUUAGUCUUCUUCCGUAUUGAACAGAUAGGCUACGGGACGCUCUUUGUUCCGUAUUUUAAGGAACUACUCAAUGCACACACACACAAUGCGCACACAAUUAGGUGUGUCUGUUAUUAUGAUAAUUUUCGAGCAUAACUGCUUGUCCAUAGCUCAGUGACAGGUGUUAAUAGCCUUGCCAUAAGCACUGCUGUGGAAUGCAGGUGCUUCUUUUAUUAUGCGGUUAGAGCAUAAGCGCUUACUCAUAUAGACUAUAACUCAGGGACAGGUGCAAAACCACCGACUGGGAUGGAUCGAAGGGCAAGCAAGCACUGCCACACAACGUGAAGGCCUUUGUGUUGUCAACACUAAACAGAAAGUUUCCUACGAUGGGGAGAAGUGGCCGCAAGGACUGCAUCGAUAAGAUCAACGAAUGCCUUCGCAAGCCCCGAAACCCCGGUGAUACAUUUUCUUUCCUUUAAUUCAAUAAAAAAAUGUUUAUCUGAAGAACUUUUCCGAGGUUGUCUUGUCUACCAAAUCCUAAACUUAAAUAGCGUAAACAUUUUAUCUUAUGAAAAAACUCUUAGGGGGAACAGUUAGGCAGCCCUUCCUCCAUAUCGUAGUAGGCCUAGGCAAUUUAUUAGAGGGGUCAAAAAAACUCAUAAAGUAGGCUAGCCUGCUACUUUUUCCAGACUAAAUGUGUCACUUUAGUGAUUGGCUCUUUCAAAUGCAAAUGAGGUGGAUGGGCUUUUGAAUGGGCCUGGUGCAGGUGAGAGGACAAAUCCUAAGAAUGUGUUGUUUUUACAAAGGCUAGGCAGCUAUGAGGCCACUGAGAUCUGGACCUCAUCGGUUUUGAGAGCUGGAAAUACAUGUGUUUGCUAAAUAUCGGUAUAUUGUUGUGCAUGUUGCGUUCGCGACUCGGGGAAGUGAAAGCAGUUCUGUAUAGACAUUGCAAAGCAGCGCAGCUGUAGCUGAUUGUGAAAGCCGAUUGGAAAUAGGCCUACAUAAGUUUAGAGCGAACGUUUCAACUAUGUUUGCCAUGGUAGACAAAAACACUCAAAUAAAACAAUAGCCUAAAAAAUAACUGUAGUGCGUAAUGGACACGGCUCUAUAUCCUAAAUAAUUUUCGAGGUUCGCCAUUUGGUAAUAUGACCUAUCCUUACUGACAAUAAUUUUUUGGGCAUGAAUGAAUGGGUUUGCCCUUAGUUUAAAUGGAGGCCGGGGAGAACGCGCGGCAGCUAUUGUUAUGUAUGGAGCUGGCAUAACAAAGUUUUGUGCGUUAUAACGCACAAAACUUUGUUAAGCCAGGUCUAUAUAUAGAGAGAGAGAAAGAGAGAGAGAGAGAGAGAGAGAUUCAUGCAUUCUGCAUUACCGUGACCUUAUACCUUGGAUGUUUUUUUUCUCAUUGGAAUACAGCAGGACAGGAUGCCUUUUAUCUAUCAAACGCAAAAGCUGAGAUUGUUGGAAGGACUAGGCUACUCAACAAACUUGUUUUCGUUUCUGGGAGAUCUUGUUAUCGUUUUGGAUUGUCGGAUUUUAUACUUAUUGUAUAUAUAGGAUGAACAAAGUCCAUGGAUUUGCUAUAUUAAAUCCAGUAGCCUAAUAAUUAGGCUAUGUGCCACGUCCGAUUUCGCAAGUGGUGUAGUAGGCCUAGGCUACAUUUAAAAAUCGACAGCCGUCUCUGAGAUCCAUUUCAUGAAGAGCAAUUGUCUUGUGCGAUCAUUCCCCCUCCCCCACACUCCUCUAACCAGUUCACUACAUUAUAGACUGCCUCUCCCUCUUCUCUCUCGACAGACACUUGAGCCCGACACUAUGUCAAUGUAAAAAUGUGCGUGAGUGUGCGCUGAACCACAAAUUCACAUAGGCUAUUAACUUUUCUUUUCAGCAGACAUCGCAAACAUAAAAGAAAUCGCAAAACAGAAAAUCAUUUUUUUAAUAAACAACAACUUUCCUCGUAAUGAGUUCCGGAGAGGUUCUUCGAGUGGGUUUCGAACCCCGGUCGCUGGCGUACCUUGCAUAUGCUCCAGCCAGUUGCGCCACAGCUCGAUUGUGAACACCAAUAUGCUUUAUUCGUGCCAUGGACUUGAAACGCCGAUCAAAAGUUCUGACAUGUUAAACUGACGUUAGUUAUUAAUUCACCACAUGAUAAAAUGCUGUCAUAGCUUGACGCCCAGCAGCCUAUGGUAGUCUAUGCCUAUCUCUGAAUCAACAUGAACAUGCAUACGAUACAUACGUUGCUAGAGACUUAUAUUGCGGAGCUAGGCCUCCUAGUCGAUGGUUACAAUGAAUCACCCUCACUGCCCAUCUGCAUAUCUGACCAUCCAUUGUUACAAUGUUACAAAAUGCGCGAUCUUCUCCAUGUAUGUAGCCUACGGUUAUAAGUAAAGUGACAAGCAUAGGCAUGUAUUAAAGAGAUUUCUGUUAAAUACAUUUUAUUUUCAGUCGUCAAAAGUGGUGGGGACAAAAUCUGUGAUAACAAGUGCUGGGUACAUGUAGGCUACCCAGCGUCGCCGGUUAAAAUGAACAUGCCUCCGUUUUAAAAUAGCCUAUACACAUUUCUAAGUAUUCCUAGCAUGUAAAUGUAGCCAAAAUGUCCAUCUUGUCCAUCUCUUUCGUCUUCGCCUUGACAUUGACAAUAAUAGCCUAUUCACGGAAAUGCGGUCUUGUAACCGUAGCCUAAUGAAUUCAUGAAUUAAUCUAAGGUUGCCUUUCGAGUAUUUCAGGUUGAAUUGAAGGCUAUUUCCUUCUGAUAGGCCUAUAGGUUUCUAAAACCAUUUUCAUUCAUUUCAACAAUGGUUUAUUGAAACGUCGUUUGAUUAAUUUUGCCAGUCAUCACUUUCAUUUUAAUGAUUAAAUGAGACGGAUAUGCAGAGCAUUUCUCUCCCUCUCCAUUGAUCAAAACGUUGCUCUGGCAUCUCUGCUGGACUGACUGAGUUAUAGGCUACGUCGAGUGAGAGAGCUGUGAUGUAGGCUGUAAACAUUCGAAAACUCUGCAACUGCAAUCUAACAUGCCUCGCGUCAUGUCUCUUUUCUCCGCUUGUCACCAGCGCGGUGUCCUCGGGUUUUUCCAUGAGCCGAACCUUCAUAUUAUUGGGGCGGUCUAUGUUGCCCCCUUGCGGUUGCAGUUUUCCCGAUGCUUCGGGAGUCCCGAUGUGCGGGAAAGAAAGGAGCAUUCUCAACCCGUACCAUCUGUAUAUACACAAAAACUAUGUACUGUAUGUUUUGAUGAAAUAUAUGUGAUUAAUUUGGAAUCUUUAAUAUGGUAAUAUACAUUGUGUAUACAUAUACAUAUAUGUAUAUACAUAUACAAAACAUUGUGUUAUUCAUUAAUUUAGUUAAGAUCUCGACAAAGAAUGAUUUUGAUUGUUGCUGAUCGCUUUAUUGCAUCCAUCACAAUGUCCAAUUAUUCCCUCAAGAUUGAGAUCUCCUGUAAGUGAUGUAUGUGCAGUUUAAAACGUUGCGAUGAGGAAUGAUAGGCCAGCCUGACCAAGCCAGACUCAAUUGUUUUUAGAGUGUGAGUCUGGUACAGCAACAUUGGGACAUGACUGUGGGGGGUGUUUCAACCAGUAUAGGCAGUGGUGUAGUCUAGUUAGCUGUAGUGGUAUAUACAAUCAAGCACCUAGAUUAUGAAUGUAUAGGGGGGAAAUGUGUGCAUACCUCUAUUUGUGCCUCUUGCACAUACAUACUGUAUAAACCAAUCAGAGAAGGCCUGCACCCUCAGAAAAGGAGUUACGGUUGGGGUCCGCUUUUGUUUCCGAAGCACCCCAGCACACCUGCACAGGUGAGUCCAAAAGGUGCCGCAGGCUAGACGGUGUUCACCUGGUUGAGUCUGCAGAGUUAGCUGUGUGUAUGUUUAGUGCCAACGUUGUUUCUCGUCUGACUUCACUGUUCAGUGUGAAUAGUGAGUUCAGUGUUUCAUAGAGUAAUAGAGUUGCUCCUGUUAGUUGUGUAGAAGAGCAAAGGGCAAUAUAGAAAACAAAACAUGUUUAGAAAAAAUCUUUUACUUUUAAUGAAGGAACAUAAAAGAACAUUGUUGUAAUUUCAAGACAGACAUAUUCAAAAUAUACCAUUUUCAAAGCAUGUGUAAUUAUCUAUAUGCAAAAUAUAUACUUCACACUAUCUAAAAAUACAUUUGACUUCUUGUAUUAUCUAUUCUGUUCAAAAAGGAAAGGUGAUUAUGAAAUGUGAUUUAGGUCUUUGUUUGUCCUGUGGUUAUCACACAAUCUUUUAUUUGUUAUUACUGUUUGAUUUUGUUUCUGCAAACCACAUUGA